GCAUCAACUGCGCAUUCAGAACUGCCAGCUGUGGCUUAAUCGCCACAAGCGAGCCUCUUCCGCCAUGGCCGCAGCAGACGUCUUGUCUCCACCGUCUCCGCCAGAUCUUGAGGUGCUCGAAGAUGAGCGAGUACUGGGAGCUUCCACUGCAGACCAGGUCCUGGAGCGUUGGCACGGCUUCAUGGCUGAGACCUCCAAGCUGCUGCAGCUGGACGAGCCGCUGCGCUGGCGGCUGCCACUGCAGCACGUGGUGACGAAGGCCACGGUCACGACGGCGACGGCGACGGAUUGGAGCAGCCAGCUCGGUCUCUCAUUUAGCCCAGUUGGUCGAGUUGUGCACUCCUUAGCUGCUUCAGUGGAGCAGGCAAGGAACUGUGUGGACAUGGGGCCCAAGCUUUAUCAUGCAUUGGCCGUGUUCGGAGAAGCCUUGGGCCCAGAGUCUCCAGAGGAGGAUUCGUUGCAGACACCUUCGGAGCUCCUGGUUGAGGUGGCGGAGCUGCUUCCAACGCUGCGUCAAGCACGACACUUGCUGAGGCGUGUGGAGGCGGUGGCAGAGAAUUUGCUGCGACAAUUGAGCCAAACUUAUACCAUGGCGAUGCCUGGCUUAGUACGACAGCCUUUGCGAGUGGUCUUAGAUGUCCUGGGUGAACUUCUGGCAGUACCGGUCUUUUUGGAUGGCUUGAUCCUUGAGAACGCUCGUUUGCGGCGCGCCUUCACCUCCUACAACUGGAUUGUGGAAAAGGCUGGUGCCAAAGCAGGUGGCGGCUCUGCUUCUCUGCCGGAUCUGCCGGAGGCCACAGCUUUGCUGCGAGAACUUCAAGAGGCACAGCCUCUCUUAAGGGGUGAUGCCUUUCAGAUGUGCUUGGCCAAUGUCGCCCAGGCGUUAAACAUGCGUGGUCAUGCUUUCCGCGAACAGCUGAGUAGCUACUUCCGUGGUCGCAUGGAAGAGUCGGAGCUCCGUGGGGCCGUGGCCACUUCACAGCUUUGGCAACCUGCUGAGGUGCUGAGCUGGGUCAACACUUAUGUGCUUUGUGUGCGGAGCUUCGGGAAAGGCCGAGAGGAGGUGAAGUUGCUCCAGGAGCUCUGGAAAAUGCAUAAAAAGACGCCUGUGGUCGUGCUCUUCGGCCGUGUGGUGUGGUGCAUGGGGGACUUCUUGAAGUCCUACCUGCCUGACGUUGUAGCAGAAGCGAAGCUCCUGAAAGAGUUGGAGGAGCUUGGCAGCUUACGUUUGAGCCAAGCGAAACAACUCGAUAGCGGUUUUGCUGCAGAGAUGCAAGGCUAUCGCGCACGCUGUGCUGCUUGGAUGGCUUCUUUGCCGCAACAGAAGUUGGAAGGGGCUCCCAUUAGUGAGUCCCUUCGCAAAGCUCAUGCGGCGAUCUUCGAGGGCCUCACGUUGGCGCUCCGUAUCAGGACUUCCUUGGAGGAAUACCUUGUGCUCCACGUGCAUGAGGGUGUCCCAGUGCCUCGUGCUGCACUGCAGACGGUGGCGCUGGGCUUCCAACUGCUGAAGCUCUUGGAAGCUUCGCCCAACUGGAGGCUCCAGGAAUUGGGGCAACUCCUACAGCAGCAUUGUGCGCUGAAGCUACAGAAGGAUCUCCAGGAGGUCCGCGCCAAGCUGAAGCCUCAACGCGCAAGCGAGGCGCCCAGUGACGCGCUACGCCUUUGCGGCGAGGCCCUGCGGCGGAUCCUCGCUGGCGAGCAGAAUGCCUCGAGGGCCUUCUUCGACGUGGGUGGCAUUGCAUUGGCCCUGUGCUGUUCCGGGCGCUCUGAGUCGGCCAGCGCGGGCGUGGGUGGGCGCUGGCGGGAGCUGAGGAUCGUCAGCCAAUGGCAGGAGCAGCUGCGGAGUUUGUGCGACACCAGCUGGUGCUAUUGGAUGCGAGAUUUGCUCCCGACUCUCCUUUCAGAUUUGCGCGUGCCGUCCUUGCCACCUCUCUUUGCCGCUUUGGCCCAGCCUUUGGAAAACUUGCCGGAAGGACGAGCACGGCAAGCGUUUCUUAAGGAACUCCGGCGUGCAUUGGAGGAGAGCAUUGUGCAGCCGCUUUGUGCAAAGCUGGAAGAAGAUUUGCGGCUUUUGGUCCACGCCACCAUGCAGGGCACACGUGAAGCUUUGCCAUUGGCACCACCCGAGGAGGUCUUAGCGUUGCUACGGCUACGGCCCUUGCGCCUGACCGACGCAGAUGUGGUGGACUUGAAGGAUCAGGUGGAGCUCCGCCUGAGUCGGCAUUUCUACGACCUCGCAGCCUUGGCACCUCAGGAUGCUGAAGCGUACGUGCGCAUGCGGGAACAGGCAUUUCAUCGGUAUGGCUUAAAUUUGGUCGAUGGCGGACUUCCUGCUGGCUCCUUGGCACAAGGAUUGGAUGUGAUCGACGUCAUGCGCAACGUGCACCUCUUAGCCACUCAGUAUUCCUACAGCCUUCACCAGCAGUUCUUCACCCAGGCCGCCAACCAGGGCGAUGCCAAGCUGCGCACUAUCACUGUGGAGCAUUUGACGGCCUCCAUCCGCGUGCAUGGCUAUGGAGUUAUCAACACUGCAGUGAACUACAGUGUAGGCUUCCUCAAGAAGAAGUUGGAGGUGGUGGCAGAGUUUUUGGCGGACGAGUCUGUGAAGUCCCGGUUGCUGGCAGAACGUCAAUGGAUGGAGGGACGUUCCACCUACACCUGGGCACGUGCCGUCGAGACGGCGAAGUUCAUCCGGCGCUUGGGAGCUACACGGGAUGGGAUCACCUUCUUGGAUAAACUGCGGCAGGUGUUGACGCAGAUUGGAAACAGCCUGGGGUAUGUGCGGAUGGUGCGAACCGCUGGCAUGCGAAGCAUGGCCAAUGCUUUGGAGUAUCUCGAGGUGACGGGUGAGGAGCUCUUCACAGCAGCCGAGGAGGCACAGUUGGUGACCUCGUCGAUGGAGGCAGCACAACUGGCGGAGCAGGGCCGGCGUAGCGUGCGGCGCUGCUUCGAGGCUAGCACAGACCAUUUGAACCUGCUGGCGGAAGUCUUUGUGAAGGCCUUGUCCAACCAAACUUCACAAGCUCGUUCUACACAACUCUUUCACCUUUUAGUGCCUUGCCUUUGCUGUGCCUUCUUGGACGCCUUGCUCAACGGCCAAGCAGUGCUCGCUAAGCGUGCCACAGCCACCACGGGCGUUCGUGGCGAAGCCUUACUAGCCGAUGACGGCUUCUCCGUGGGAGUAGCCUUUGUGCUGCGAGUCUUCGCCUUGGAACGAAGCUUCCAAUCGUUGCACUGGGGUGCCAACACGGAGAUCCAUGAUCAAGAUCUCACUACUGGCCAAGCACGUCAGGCUGCAGGGGUGCCCUUCUUUGAGGAGUCCAAGACGGACGACCGGCGCAGCAAGUUGCUGACGGAGCUGGGGCGCCUCAGCGCCAACUUGGAAGCGGCCAGCGCCCUCUUCGGUGGUACCAGGUCGAGCGCUGAUCGUUGAGCACUAGGAGGACGCUACUAGGAGCAAAGGGCAUCGCUACUAGGAGCAAGAAGCUACCAGGGGCUUCUGGCCAUACUACUAGGAGCAAGAACGCUACUAGGAGUCAAAGAGCCGUGAACAACGCGGUGAGAUUUGCUGAGAGCGAUCGC